AUGUCAGCCCCGCCGGACCCCCAGGACCUGCUGCUGGGGGGCACUGGGGUGCACUGGGCUGCGGACGGGGCGGACCAGUAUGCAGCUGGGGCUCCGCUGCGGGAUGGAGAUGGGGCUCAGCAGCGGGAACAGCUGGUUUUCGGCUCCGCCAGGGAACACCCGCCCGUUGCCAUGGCGACUGCAUCCCCAGGUGUCACAGCCUCAUCGCACCUCUUUGACUAUGGCUCCACCGCCAACGGGGGCGACAGCUCCUUCUACACCUCUCUGAUCUCGGACGUCCACUACACCACCCCGCGGGACUCCACCUAUUUCACGGGGAUUUAUCAGCAGGCAAACAGCCCCGUCCCCUGUGCUGGCAGCACAGAGGGGUUUAACACACUGGGGCAUCCUGUUCAAGAUGUGACUGGGUUUGAGUCCCGUGGCUUGUUUAGCUCAGAUUCAGGAAUCGAGAUGACUCCUGCAGAGUCUACUGAAGUUGAUAAAACCUUAGCAGAUCCCAUGAAAGUAGAAGCUUAUAAAUACAUGGACAUAAGUAGAUCAGAAGAAAGAAAAUACCAAGAAAAACAUGACCCUGACUCAGAAGACGAGAGCCCAGGCCUUAUUGAUAAGUACCGGGGAAUACCCACCAGGUCCAGCCACGCUGGUGAACCUCAGUGGACGGCUUCAGAGAGCACGAAGGCAGCCAAAGAACAAGACCCACUUGAAGAUACAAGGUCUGAAGAUCAGCACAGUGCCUCUGUGGUUACAGCCCCUGUCAAGAUCACACUCACAGAGAUAGAAAGUGCCAGGGAAGCUGCCAGCAAAGAGUCGAGCCCGACUCAGCCGGAUACCGGCCUGAAGCCGAGCCAUGAGGUGGUACCAACGGUGACAGUGUCAGAACCAGAAGAUGACAGCCCGGGGUCUGUCACACCACCGUCCUCUGGCACAGAACCAUCCGGCUCAGAGUCGCAGGGCAAAGGCAGCCUGUCGGAAGAUGAACUCAUCAGUGCCAUCAAGGAAGCCAAAAGCUUUUCCUUUGAGGCCCCCGAGGUGCAGCGGUCACCAGCCCUUUCUGUUGAGAAGAGAGACCAGCGGGUCAAACCUGGGCGCCCUGCUAUGUCCUCACCCCUGGAUAACGAAGCCAGCAGCGCCGAGUCGGGGGACUCGGAGAUUGAGCUGGUCUCGGAGGACCCACUGGCUGCUGAGGAGGUGCUGCACUCCAACUACAUGACCUUCAGCCACAUCGGAGGGCCCCCUCCGUCACCCGCCUCCCCCUCCAUCCAGUACAGCAUCCUGCGGGAGGAGCGUGAGGCUGAGCUUGACAGCGAGCUCAUCAUCGAGUCCUGCGACGCCUCAUCGGCCUCCGAAGAGAGCCCAAAGAGGGAGCAGGACUCCCCUCUGAUGAAGACCAUGGUCAUGGACAUUAUCAAGGAAGAGAACGGCUCGCGUGCUGAUGCCUCAGACUACGAAGCAAGUAAAACGACAGAGAGCAGGAUGAACAGGGAAAACCUGGCGGAGUCCGCGUCCUACCUGAAAAGCUCCUUUGUUGCACCAAAAGUAGGUGCUGAGCCCCCAACCUCUGCCGUCAGCACUGAGGAGCUGAAGGAAAGAAUAAUCCUGAAGAAACCCAUUGAAGAAACUGUUGUUAACCAAAGUAAAGUGUCUUCCAAGGACUCUGGCAAAAGAAGUCCCUUGGCUUCACCCUUACUGCCAUUUUUAAAUAAGCAGAAAGCUAUCGACCUGUUGUACUGGCGUGACAUCAAACAGACAGGGAUUGUGUUCGGCAGCCUCCUGUUGCUGCUCUUCUCCCUGACCCAGUUCAGCGUCGUCAGCGUCGUGGCCUAUCUGGCCCUCGCCGGCCUCUCGGCCACCAUUAGCUUCAGAAUCUACAAAUCAGUCCUACAGGCUGUGCAGAAGACGGACGAGGGCCACCCCUUCAAAGCCUACUUGGAGAUGGAAAUGAAUCUUUCACAGGACCAGAUUCAGAAAUACACAGACUGUCUCCAGCUAUACGUCAACAGCACAGUCAAAGAGCUGAGGAGACUCUUUCUCGUUCAGGACCUCGUGGAUUCUUUAAAAUUUGCAGUACUAAUGUGGCUGCUGACUUACGUGGGAGCCCUCUUCAAUGGCUUGACUCUUCUGAUAAUGGCUGUGGUGUCUAUGUUUACUCUCCCCGUUGUAUAUGACAAGUACCAGGCACAGAUUGAUCAAUACUUGGGACUGGUGCGGACCCACAUAAACACUGUUGUGGCAAAGAUUCAAGCUAAAAUCCCAGGUGCUAAGAGAAAGGCAGAGUAA